UUGGUUUUCAGAUCGCGAUCAUCGACCCCCAACUCCCAGAAUCUGAUCUUCUGUAAUCCGCCUUCCUCUUCAGUGGAUUUUGUCUUGUGUCGUGGCGGUAAUCGAAGACUGCUUAUGGUCUUGAUGAUUCUGUCGAGAACAAUUUCCCAGCCUUCAUGGAUCUCGCUACUCUCAGCCUCUGCUUCCUCCACUCCUUCUCCGUGUUCCUCCUCUACUGGUUCUAUGUGAUCUCAUGAACUGACUCACAUCGCUUCAUCCAUUCACUUCGAGUUCGAUCCGAUUUCGACUAGAAAGAGCAUGUCUUCCUUCCCGAUUCGCCGGGCUUCGAGCUCUGAGGGGGACUCGCAACCAGUGAUCGAUGAGAGGAAGAGGAAGCGGAUGCUCUCGAACCGGGAGUCCGCGCGGAGGUCAAGGAUGAAGAAGCAGCAGCAUCUAAACGAUCUGAUGAAUCAAAUGGCGCACAUCAAGAUCCAAAACAGUCAGAUCGCGGAGCAGACCGAUCUCGUGACGCAGCAGUACACCAAGGUGGAAUCGGACAACGCCGUGCUGAGGGCGCAGCUGAGCGAGUUGAUGGAGAGGCUGCAGUCGGUGAACUCGGUGCUCCGGUUCGUGGAGGAGGCCAGUGGGAUGGCCUUGGACAUACCCAGUAUACCGAGCUCUCUCCUGAAGCCAUGUAAGCUUCCGACCAUGGCCACUGCUGACAGAAUCCAGUUCUGAAAACUCCAUUGUUGUGCAAGGUAUGUCCUCACCUGUGUCUCCAUCACUGUUCCAUCAGUUCCCCGGUUCUGUAGAUUGGUUCUGUAGAUUGGUAUGUUUGAGCCAGUAACAUUAUCAUUCUGUAAGGAUGUUCUUCUGUUGUCUUAGAAGAGGCUACAACAUUUGAAACUGAUUCCAUGGUAUCUGAUUCUACUUGGGUUACUCAA